AUGAAUUUUGAAAACAUAUCAUUAUUUAAUAUCCGUUAUCACUUAAAAUUUUUCUUCUUUUACCGACUGAGAAAAGUACACUCCUAUGAUUCUCUUUUGAAAUGUAACAAUUUAUAUUUUUUGUUUGACUUCUCAUUGUUUCUAAUUUUACCUAUCUAUAUUUUAUAUCUAUCUAUCUAUCUAUCUAUCUAUCUAUCUAUCUAUCUAUCUAUCUAUCUAUCUAUCUAUCUAUCUAUCUUAUUGCCACUCUGUUCCUAUCUGCUUUACACUCAUUCGUUUCCUAUAUAUCUAUCAAUCUAUCUCAAUCUAUCCAUAUUUUCUUUCUUUCUUUCUUUCUAUAUAGAGAGAGAUCAAUCUAUUCAUAUUAUCUAUUGCCUUUUUUCUAAAUAUUUUAUGGCAUUUCUAUUUUUUUUUUCUUUCUUUCUUUCUUUCUUUCUAUAUAGAGAGAGAUCAAUCUAUUCAUAUUAUCUAUCUGCCUACUUAUCUAAUAAUAUUUAUAUCACAUUUUCUUUUCUCAGAAAACGCCUUUGUUUAAUUCCUUCAUUUUUUGUUUCUUUUUUUUUUCUUUUUUGUUUUUUUUUUUGUUUAUUUUCUUCAUUUUAUUCCUUUAUUUUUCUUUUUUUUAAAUUAUUUUCUGUUUAUUCCUUUAUUCUUCCUUUUAUUUAUUUCAUUUCAAUUUUCUUUAAUCUAUCAUUCAUUUUUUCUUUCAUCAAUUUCUUUUUCUUUUUUCUUUUCUCUCUCUCUUUCUCCGCAUUUAUAUUUUAUUUGUUUGGGUCUUUCUUCCUAUUUAUUUUCUUUCUUUUGAUUUUCCUUUCCUUUAUUCUUUUUUUCAUUCGUUUAUUCUCUCUUUUCUCUCUCUUUUUUCUUCAGUCUUUCUUUCUUUUCUUUCUUUUGUCUGAACCGUCUCUCUGUAUUUUCCUUCAUUUUUCUUUCUUUCCUUCUUUCUUUGAACUCACUCUUUUAUAUCUAUCUGUGAAUUUGUUUGAUCGCUUUCUUUCUUUCUUUCUUUCUUUCUUUUUUGAUAUCUCCUUUUCUUUGUGUCUAUCUUUUAUUUGUUUGACUGCAGUCUUUCUUUCUUUCUUUCUUUCUUUCUUUCUUUCUUUCUUUCUUUCUUUGAUUUCUCCCUCCCUAUAUCUGUUUUCCAUUUGUUUACUCAUGUUCUUUUAUGUUCUUUCUUUCUUUGAUUUCACUCUUUUUCUUCGACGUUUAUAUUUUAUUUGCUUGAUCGUUUUUUUCUUUUCGCCUUCCAUUAACUCCUUUCUUUCUUUCUUUCUUUCUUUCUUUCUUUUCGCCUUCUAUUAA